CCCGGGGCUGCGGCCGCCAGCACAGCGCGGCCCGCGCGCCGCGCAGCCACCAAUCGGCGGCGCCCUUGCUGGCGGCCAAUGGCCGCGCCGCGUCUUGGGCGGCGUUGCCACGGUAACGGCGCGACGCCAUGCUGGGGCCGCGGCCUCCGCGGGCCUGGCCGGGAGGCAGCAGAGCCCCCAGCUCCCGCAGAACUUCCACGGCUUCCUCGGCCUCCCUGGGGAAAGGCCCCCGCAGCGGGGCCGGCGUGGGCAGCCAGGGAGCGCUGCAGGUUUUUGAUGAGGAAGGGAAGAAUGUGACACCCCUUCCCCUCUUCCAGCCAGACCCAAAUGCUGCCAGGCAAGAAAAGACACAGGGGAGCAGCACAUCAACAACCCAGCCUGCCUCAGAUGAGACAGAACCUCAACAAGACCCAGCUUUGAGCUUGUCUGCUGUGCAGGAGGAGGGGGAGGCAGUCCUGACGGAGGCAGAGCUGGAGCAGAGGGUGCAGGUUCUCCUGGAGGAGACGGACACGCUCUGGCUGCUGGAGCUGCCCACGGCCCUGCUGUCCAGCGAGGCACAGGAGGCCCCCAGGGUGCUGGAGAGGAAUAACAUUUAUACAGAGAUUUGCAAGGCUAAAAUUGGCAGUGAGUACUUUGAGGAAAAAAUCGUGCAGACCAUCUCUGGAGCUGCCAAAACCAAGGAGGUGCAGUGUGAGACCAUCACCGUGGCAGAGAAAGGGACGGUGGUGACCCCCUGGGAUUUGGACAGCUCGCUGGAUGCCUCAGGAACAGAGCCUGCAGAGACAGAAGAACCCAAAUCCCCAGCAGAGAAAAGCAGCAAGUCUCCCAGAGCUGAGGAGCAGGGUCAGCCUGGGGCUGUCCCUUCUGCCACAGAGCGUGCUGCUCCUGCCAGGAGCCCCGAGGAGCAGGAACGCCACUCAGGAGCAAUCUUAACUUCUGCAAAGCUGCAGCAGGAUUUGGUUGUCAUGGAGAGGAUUCUCAUGGAGAACAUUUUCCAGCCCAAGCUCGCAGUUUAUCGGCAGCUUCCUGUCCUCAUAGAACCUGCUGUUACCCCAGCCACUGAGGUGGAGGAGGACGAGGAGCAGAAGGAUGAGGAGGAGCAGGAGGAAGCAGCCGAGGCAGAUGCGAGGGCAGCAGAAGGGGCAGGCCCCAGGCUGGAGCAGCUGUGGUCCUACGGCUGUGAUUUGACCAGGGGCCGCAGCGUGAGCAGCAUGGCCUGGAACAAAGCGAACCCCGAUCUCUUAGCAGUCGGUUACAGGGAGUUUGUUUCUCGGGAUCAGAAGAAAGGCCUGGCUUGCUGUUGGUCACUGAAGAACCCCAUGUGGCCGGAGCGCGUUUUCCGCUGCGAGCACGGCGUCACUGCUGUGGAUUUCUCCCUGGGCAGCCCCAGCCUGCUGGCCGUGGGGACGGCCGACGGCCGCGUGGCCGUGUACGACGUGCGGAGCCGCGGGGACGCCGCGCUGCUGGACAGCAGUGCAUCCCUAAAUCAGCACAAAGGUCCUGUGUGGCAGCUGAGGUGGGUGCAACAGGACAGAGGUGCAACAGCAGGUGACAAAGAAGAGAGACUGAUGUGUAUCUCAGGAGAUGGGCGAAUGACCCAGUGGUUCAUUCAGCAAAGGCUGGAUUGCUCUGAUGUGAUGCAAAUCAAGCGAACAGAAAGUGGGAAGAAAAAAUUACCAGGUGAGAGAGAAAGGAAAAGUGAAGGUCCCAUAUCACAGCAGGCAGCUGGAAUGUGCUUCGACUUCCAUCCAGAGGAUACUGACAUUUUUCUUGCUGGAACAGAAGAGGGCCACAUCUACUGCUGCUCUUGCUCAGGCAAGGAGCAGAUUCUGGGCACAUACAGAGGCCAUCAGGGCCCUGUGUACAAAGUCGCCUGGAACCCCUCCAGCACAGACAUGUUCCUCAGCUGCUCUGCAGACUGGAGCAUCCUUUUGUGGCACCGGCAUUCCCACACCCCCCUUUUAACCUUCACUUCUGUCACAGCUUCUGUUCACGACAUCAAGUGGGCUCCAAAAUCAGCCCUCAUCUUCGCAGCAGUGAAUGAGAAGAGGGUGGAGAUUUGGGAUCUGAGUGUCAGCAUCUUCGACCCCGUGCUCUCCUGUGCUGCCAGCCCUGAAGGGAACCUCAGCUCCCUCCUGUUUGCCAGGAACGCCGAGUGCCUGCUCCUGGGGGACAGCUGUGGCCAGGUGGGGGUGUGGCAGCUGCACAGCCUGGCUGUCCCCAGCACCGACCAGGUAUGGCUGUGCUCCUUCCCAGCUGGGAAACACCCAGCUAGGCAAUACUGCAAUAGUCUUUCCUCCUUGGGUUGA